UGAAAACAUACUUUUUUGCGGCAUCAAAUCCAUUAUAAGCAUUGCUCGAAACAUAUUCGAUAAAAACAUUAACAGUUGAAAGAAAUAAAAUAAAUUGAAUUAAAAAUAAUGAAAUUUAUUCCAUUACACACAACAAAUACGGCCAUUGUCUACAAGAAUUCAAUAUGUUCGGCGGCAACAAUGUUGGUGUUGACCUUUUUUGCACUGUCUGUUUUGGUGCCUCUAUUAAUGGUCUCUUUGCUGAGUCCCUAUUCCGGCAUUGCUGAGUCACGGAUCCUAUAUGAGCAACCCAAAGUGCAAUUUCAAUUUAAAUCGAUAUUUUACGGUGAUGUGAAAAUGAAUGGCAAUGACUUGAUUGUGUGCAGCACAUUUCCACAAUUGAAUGAUGCAAUUAAUCAUAGAACUAAUACAGAUUAUUGUGAUGGCACUAAGUACUGGACUGAAGAUCUGGAUAAUGAUGGCACACUGGAUCGUGUGCAUUUUGUACAACAACUUGAAACAUUGGAGGAAAAGUUAUUGGGCUUUGAUGUGGCUUUAUUUUUCGAUGCAUUUCUGAAGCACAAAUGUCAUCUAUCUCCGCCGGCCGUUCUCAUCAAACAUAUCAACAUACCCUACGAUGCACAAUUAUCCAGUGGCAUUGUUAAUAUUCGUGCAGAUUUGGUUCUUAAACAAUAUGUAGAAUUUACCUGCCCAUUCCCUGGACGUAAUGUAAAAACGUCCUUUCGUCAUUUAAAUGUGCCAAGUAAUUCAUCCAAUAUUAAACAAUUCGGCAUUGAACCAUUGUUAGAUCAGCUAAAAUCUAACCCGGCAUUCUUUGAAUUGGAUAUUCAAGAAACCUAUUUUCGUAGAGGACCUCCAGAGCAGGGCUUAAGCAUACAAUUGGAUGUGGAUGUAUUACAAUUGGCGGCUAGAUAUCAUUUAAGUAUUUGGGAGCGUUUGGGACAAUUUUGGUUAUAUUUCGCUUCAUUUUUUGGCAUUUCCUUUUACAUUAUGAAUAAGCUGAAGGAUUUUUUGUUUGGUCAUCAUAUUGUACGUUCCUGGGAGAUAAUACCAUGGAAGAAACUAUACUGACAAAGAAAUGGCGAGCGCAUCUAUGUGGAUGACUAUUCGGAGACAAGUGUUUUCUAAAUAAUAAAAAAAAUGUUAUUUAAAAACAAUUUUUAGAAUUUUGCAAUGUUAUAAAGUCGGUACAAUGCCCUUGCUUCAUAGGUUAUAGAUUAACAAUUGUUAAUAUUAAAACAGUUUUUUCCACAUCUUCUGCAUAUAAUCCGAAAAUUCAUGUUGUUGUAUUGAAGACUAAAUCUAAUUUAUUUUAUUAACAAAAAUAAAUUCAACCUUUUACUCUA